AUGGAAGGGUCUGCGAUCUACAAAGGGCGACGCAUAUCUGGCAGCCAGAGCCUGUCUACCGAACUGUUUCUGGAGCUGCAGGUCUGGUUGAAGACACAGCCUUCUGUUGGAAUCAUAGCUCUGCAAGAAACACAUUGGAGCAUCCAAGGGGAGUGGCAGUCUGGGGAUUGGUACUUGGUUCACAGCCCUGCUCCCAAACCGAAGCAGGGCGGGGUGCUUCUGGGUAUCCGGAAAGAUCUGCUCACCUCUACACAUUACAGCUGGAACGAGCUGGUUCCAGGACGAUUGCUGCACUGGCGUGGGUGCAUUGGCAAGCAAACCUGUGACAUCUUCAACUUGUAUCAGCACGCCUUAGCACACAAGACGGAAGAGCAGAAGCAGUUGAUCAUGAAGAAUCGCCGGGGAGUCUGGCAACAACUGGAUCGCGCGUUAUCUGCAUUUCUUUUCCGCACCUCCAGGCGAUUUCGCGGAGCGACUAAGUUGUCUUUUCUGUUUUCAUAG